AUGAGGGAGGGCAAUUUGGUAAAUUUGAUCUUGGGGAUUAUAUUGGCUUGUUGCACUUUGAGUACGUAUUGGGUGAAUGCAGAAGACCCGUAUAGAUAUUUCACAUUUCAAAUCACGUACGGCACACGUGCUCCCCUUGGUGUUCAACAAAAGGUAAUUCUUGUGAACGGGCAAUUUCCAGCCCCAAGGAUCGAGUGUGAGACAAAUGACAACAUAAUUGUAAAUGUCAUUAACAAGCUCGAUGAGCCUUUCCUCUUUACUUGGAGUGGAAUCAAGCAAAGGAGAACAUCGUGGCAAGAUGGAGUGCUAGGAACCAAUUGUCCAAUCCCUCCAAACUCGAAUUGGACAUACAAAUUCCAAGUUAAGGAUCAAAUUGGAACCUUCACAUACUUUCCUUCCAUCAACUUCCAAAGGGCAGCCGGUGGCUUCGGAGCCUUUGUGAUCCAACCUAGAAGUGUCAUAACAACUCCUUACCCUAUUCCCAACGGCGAGGUCGACCUUCUGAUCGGCGAUUGGUACAACACCGACCAUAAGACGUUACGUAAGAAAUUGGAAUCCGGAGUUCAGCUCCCUCUACCUAACGGUCUUCUCAUAAAUGGAAAGUCGAGUACAACACUAGUUCUUAAGAAAGGGCUAACAUACAAGUUAAGGAUAUCAAAUGUUGGGAUAGCAACAUCAAUAAACUUCAGAAUUCAAGGACAUUUAAUGACACUCGUGGAGGUUGAAGGAGCACACACCAUGCAAGAGACAUACGAGUCAUUGGACAUUCAUCCAGGCCAAUCCGCCGCUGUUUUAGUGUCUCUCAAGAACAUAGCAUCCAAGAGCUAUUACUUUGUGGCCUCUACUCGUUUCACAAAGCCAAUUCUGAAUGCCAUUGGAAUCCUUAAAUAUGAAGGCUCUACUACUCCUCCUUCCAAGCCUUUGCCCAUUGGACCAACCUACCACCUUCAUUGGUCCAUGAAACAAGCGCGGACUAUAAGGCUAAAUUUGACGGCAAAUGCAGCAAGGCCAAACCCACAAGGGUCGUUCCAUUAUGGGAACAUAACGGUGGUGAGGAGGCUGAUAAUAGAGAACUCAUUGACAAAGAUAAAAGGAGCUCUUCGUUGUGCGGUUAACAAUGUGUCUUAUGUUGAUCCACCAACGCCAUUAAAGUUGGCUGAUUGGUUCAAAAUCCCUGGCGUUUUUGAUAUCAAUACCUUCACUGAUACCCCAACUUCUCGACCUGCGAUGCUUGGUGUCUCGGUUGUUAAUAUUACUCUUCAUGAUUUUGUGGAAAUUGUGUUCCAAAACAAAGAAAGCACUGUCCAAUCUUGGCAUUUUGAUGGAACCAGUUUCUACGUUGUUGGAUAUGGUUCGGGUGUUUGGACAUAUAACAUGAGAAAACGCUAUAAUUUAGUGGAUGGUAUCUCAAGACACACUGUUCAGGUAUAUCCAAGGUCUUGGACUGCAAUAUUGGUGUCAUUAGACAACAAGGGUAUGUGGAAUAUGAGGUCUACAGUAUGGUGGAGAAACUAUUUGGGUCAGCAAUUGUACUUUAAGGUAUGGAAUGAUGAAAAGAGUUUGUAUACUGAGGCUGACAUUCCACUCAAUGCUAUCAAGUGUGGCAAAGCAUCCAAGUAUUAAUAUCAACCAGCCAAGAACAGAUAUUAAUUUCAUUUCAUUUCUGUGUUCAAAAGCUUUUAAUUUGGUCGUUUUCUCUUUAAUUAAUUAGGGUUUUAAUUUAAUUGUCAGUCAUGAG